AUGACGGUUAGCUAUAAUCAAUCAAUAGCCACAAGUCGGCCAUGGACUUUUCUAGCUCUUGUGUUCAGGUGAGCUCCAAAACAUCCAGAAAAAAGUAGCAAGAAGAUCUGAUUCUCAGAUGGCGCGGUUCGGUAUGGAAAUCGAUUUGGAUGCAAUAUCUCGUUUGGCUCGGUCUAUUCUUUCUCACCUCUUUUUUCUAUCGAUUCAUUUUUUCGCCAUCACAACGUGUCAUUUUUGUGAAAUUGGUCGAAUACACAAAUUCGCGGUUAUCGUAUGUUCCACUCGAAUUUUUGCUCGGAUUUUUUGUGAGCGGUGUUUUGAGACGAUUUUGGUAUUUGUAUGAUAUUAUUGGAUUUAUUGAUAAGUGAGGUUUUGAGAAUACAUAGUUAUGACGUGGAACAAAUUUAAAAGUUUCGAGAUUUUUUUGAAGUUCAAAAUAAUAAAUCUGAAUAAACACCAAAAUCAUCAAUUUUGUAGCAUCGCAUGUUCUGCAGCCACUUACAUACGUGGCGAUUCAGACCGUGCCAAACAAUAUCGUCGAAACGUAAUCCGAUAUUGCGAACUAACCCAAGUUCUAAUUUUUCGAGAUCUUUCAAUGAAGGCUCGAAAACGUUUUCCAACAUUGGAUACAGUUGCAGCUGCCGGUUUUAUGAUGCCACAUGAAAAAGAGAAUUUCGAUGAAAUCCAAUAUAAUUACAAUAAAUAUUUUCUUCCAUUUAAUUGGGCUUGGGCUCUAAUUUAUAAUGCGAGAAAAGAGGGAUUGAUUGAAAGUGAUUAUUAUGUGACUGUGAUUUCGGAGGAUGUCAAAAAGUUUCGAACUGGUUUGGCGUGGGUUUGUAAUUAUGAUUGGGUGCCACUUCCAAUUAUUUAUCCAACUAUUGUUUGUCUUGCAGUUCAUAUGUAAGGAUUUUCAGAAUUUUCAAAUUUCAAUUUGAAUUUUCAGGUAUUUUUUGGUUUGUGUGAUUGCUAGACAAUUUGUUCAAGGAGCACCUUCAGAUCCUGAAAUGGUCAGUUCAGGAUUUUUCAAAUAAAGAAAAGGAAACACUGUGACGAGGAAAAGUUCAUAGCAAAAAUGUGGCUGAAUUUUUCUAGAAAAUUACUCAAAAUCCUAAUUGAAAAAAAAAACAAUGCGACUACUGUUAAAUUUAAGCCACGCCCACUUUCAGGUCGAUCUCGUCUUCCCAUUUAUGACCUCAAUUCAAUUCGUCCUUUACAUGGGUUGGCUCAAAGUUGCCGAAGGAUUGCUAAAUCCGUGGGGCGAAGAUGAUGACGAUUUCGAGACAAAUAUGUUAAUCGAUCGAAAUUUGGCAAUGGGUUUGAAAAUCGUGGAUGAAGGUUAUAAUAAAACUCCGAGAUUGGAGAAAGACGCAUUUUGGGAUGAUGAUUGGGUUCCGCUAUAUUCAGAAGCCAGUGCACAUGAGAAACGAUAUCAAAGGAGAGAAGGAUCACUGGCGCAUAUCAAGUGAGUUAUUCUAUUUUCUACUCGUCAUUCUUUUUUUAAAUUUUCAGAGUUCCUCGAUCAAUGUCCCAAGUUCGAAUGGUUUCAAAAGAUGCGCGUCGUCCUUCAAUUCUCAAGGAGAAAAUCGUGAAUAUAAAACCGGAAGAAGCAGAUCAACAUUAUCCACAUAAUCAUAAUUUGGGAGAUAUUCUUCGACCAGCAUCAAUUCUCAAUCUUGUCAAACAUUCAUCUUCUCAACAUAGUUUGUCAAAAUCCGAAACUCCGACUAAUUCAGUUAAUUUCCAUUAG